GAAGUGACCUUGAACGCAGCAUCAGGAUCAACCUGUAGGAAAUUCGCAACGACGCUAAAAGCGAAUCACUCAGCAAAAAUGAGAUUUUUAUCAGUUAAGUUCAGGCUGUGGAGGCGAAUUUGACGUGUAAUGGUCGAGUUACUAACUUUUAGCGGGUACUUUAUCGACUUCGGUGGGGUUAGUUGGGCUGAGGCGCAUAGAGUUUUGGUUGGGAUGAGUUGGUGUUAGCGACAGAGACAGACAGAGAGACAGACAGCUGGGUUUAAGGACGGACUCGGUGGUUCCGGCCCAAUGUCCACGGAGGAGCUGGACUUUAGGCUGGUCUUUGAGGACGAUCGCAGACACUCGGCAGGUCCAGAUCUUGACGAGAAGACACGCCUUUCCUCAACAGAGGCUCCAGCUUAUCAAAUAGUCAACCAGGAACAACAGAGCCACAAUCCAUGUGUUCCAACUCCAGACCUGCAUAUAGGCUCUCAGUCCCAUGGGUCCCAGUACAGUGCCCAGGGGAACACCAAAAGUUUCGACUGCCCCAGUAUCCAGAUUACCUCCAUUGCCCCAUACCACCUUUUGGAAUUAGGUAACACCCAGGAUGUUUUGGCAGUGAGUGGAGCAGAGGGGGGUUUACAGUAUGCGUCUUUGUGUAGAGACCAGCUCUAUCUGCCAACAGACUACUGCUAUAGAGAUCCGGCAUUCAGCCCAAGCCCCUGCAGCAGCGUGUCUUCUAGGAGCUGGCUGUCUGACCUUUCUUCCUGUGAGUCUUUCUCCCACAUCUAUGAUGAUGUGGAGGGAGAGUUACCUGAGGCUGCAGGCCAUGUGACCCUGGGGUCUCCCUUUGGGUCCCCAGGAUGUGGGGGUGGGGCCUUUGGAGUGGAAUUGUGGCAGCAAAAAUACCAGCAUCCUUUGCCUUUCAGCCCUGCGCUGUCACCUCAUCAGUCACCCUGCCAUUCUCCUCGCACUAGCAUCACAGAAGAGAACUGGCUCAACCGCCGGCCCUCCUCCAGGCCUUCAUCCAGACCCACCUCCCCCUGUGGAAAGAGACGUUACUCCAGUGCCGACCCCCGCGCACGCUCACCCUCUCCACAGCACUCGCCCAACCACACACCAGGCGCCUCACCACGGGGAAGUGUGACAGAAGAAACAUGGCUGGGGAGCCCUGCUGGAAAUUCAGGAUCUCUUCUUGCAUCUGGAUACCAGGAGUUGGAUAUUCCCAACAAGACCAGAAGAACAUUAGGGAGUCACCUAGGCUUGCUGGCUGGCCAAGGAGACUCUGGCCUGGAGGAGGUGACGACUGUGAGGCCCUUCUUGGAUUCUUCUGGGGAGGAAGGACAGCAACAGGAUGGCUUGACAAAUCUGUUUCUCCCAGUGCCUUCUACCUUCAGCUGGAAUAAACCCAAACCUGGCAACCCUCCUCUGUUCAGGACCUCAUCGCCUCCUCCUUUGGACUGGCCUCUGCCCAGUCGGUUUGACCAGCUGGAGCUGAAGCUGGAGGUUCAGCCUAAGUUCUACCAUAGGGCGCAUUACGAAACCGAGGGCAGCCGAGGGGCCAUUAAGGCAGCUUCUGGAGGUCACCCCAUAGUUAAGUUGAAUGGAUGCAGUGAGCAGCCACUCAGCCUGCUGUUGUUUAUCGGCACCGCAGACGACCGGUAUCUUCGCCCACAUUCCUUCUACCAGGUCCACCGUGUGACGGGAAAGACGGUAACCACUCCAUGCCAGGAGAGAAUUGUGGGUGGAACCAAGGUCCUGGAGAUUCCUUUGCUUCCAGGAAAUGACAUGUCCGCCAGUAUUGACUGUGCUGGAAUCUUGAAGCUGCGCAAUGCCGACAUCGAGCUCAAAAAAGGAGAGACAGAUAUUGGGCGGAAGAACACGAGGGUGCGAAUUGUGUUCCGGGUCGGCGUACCUCAGCCGGAUAGUAGGAUGCUGUGGCUGCAGUCGGUGUCUGUUCCUGUGGAAUGCUCUCAGCGUUCAGGACAGGACCUUCCGCAGGUGGAAAACUUCAGUCCAACCAGCUGCUCUGUGGAUGGAGGAGAGGAGAUCGUCAUCACCGGAUCCAACAUCUCUGCUCUGUCCAGAGUCGUCUUCAUGGAGAAAGGGCCUGAUGGGAGGUCACUGUGGGAAGUUGAUGCCAAAGUUGUGCCAGGAAAAAGCAGAGGCUCCCGCAUUGUAGUGGAGGUUCCUCCUUACAAUAAGAAGACAAAGUGUCCGGUCCAAGUCCAGUUCUACAUGUCUAACGGGAAGAAGAGAAGAAGUCUAACACAGAGCUUCACCUACCUGCCUGAAUCCAGACAUCACCACCUCACUGCUGCUGGACCACAGGUGGUUAAACAGGAGUGCUGGGAUCCAGAUAUCAUCCUGGACACAUCCUGUGGCUUCUCCUACCUGGUGUCCUCACAGGAGAGAACCCGUGAACCAGAUGUAGCUUUUAACUCCCAUCAUCUCCCAGUGCAUCGUGGUUCUCCCACGCAGGACAUUCCUCACCAUCCUUCUUCUCUCCAAACCUUCCUGAUGUUUCCUCAAUUGUCCUCCAUUCCUUCUGAGUCGCUCUUGAAAACUCCUCAGACCUCUGCACUUCCUCAGACCUUGUCGAUCCAUCCUCACAUCUCCACGUUGCAACUUCAGACUUUCUCCGUCGAUCCUCAGGCUUCCUCUGAGGCUCACCAGUCUGCCUCAGCGUCUCCUCUCCCCUUCUCUGGUGAACCUCAGAGGGAACCGUCUCCAUCUCUGGUUUCCAAGAGAACCUUCCUGACCACCACAGACUCUGAGAAGGACAGGGAGGUGGUGAACAUCAAGCAGGAGCCAGAUGAGCAUCUGAAUCUGGGAUCCUUGGGCCUCCAGGAGAUCACUCUGGAUGAUGUGAAUGAGAUCAUCGACAGAGACAUCGGCGGUGUGAGGGCCACCGCACAGUCAAGCCAGUAUGACCAGUACCACCAGUACGACUGGGAGCAGAGUGGAGGCCCGUAGUAGUUACGCUGCUUUCCUCAGGAGACGACCGCAGUGCUUCUCUACUGUACGAUUUUUUUUUUUUGUAUUACCAAAAAAAACAAAAAAAAAAAAAAAACAAAAAAGGAAUGUUUGCAUUCUCAACUUCAAGUGCCUGAAACUAAA